CAAACUGACCAGCGCGUCUCUCUCACACCUUCCUCUCUGAACAUUCAACACUGAGCAGCCUCACCGCCGCUGACCGUCGGAGCCGGUGCAGAGGAGCUGUGAAGAAGAAGAAGAAGAGGAAGGAGGAGGUGAUGUCCUCACCUCAGCUCUCUGAGACUAUGAGCUCUGUGACGGUUUGAGUCCGUCACAACGCCUCGCAGCAGCACCUCCUCAGGCCAUCACUGUCCACUCACUGUCAUAAAGCAAGAACAACAGUAGGCUGAACUUCCCACCUCGACACCUUGCUCUCCUCCACCUGCUCUGCUCUGGUCCCUGUGCCAUGGCCUUUACCCUGUCAGAGAUUAUGGCAGCAAGGCGGCAGCAGUCGCAGGCUCAGUCACACGCCCAGCGGGGCAGCAGGACGACGGUGGAGGUCGAUGAGUACAGCACCAACCCCACUCAGGCCUUUACCUUCUACAACAUCAACCAGGGACGCUUCCAGCCACCACACGUCCACAUGGUGGACCCGAUGCCCCACGACACACCCAAGCCGCCGGGCUACACCCGCUUCGUAUGCAUCUCAGACACCCACUCCCGCACAGACACCAUACAGAUGCCAUAUGGGGACGUGUUCAUCCACGCUGGAGACUUCACCGAGCUGGGACUGCCCUCCGAGGUCAAGAAGUUUAACGACUGGCUAGGUACCCUGCCCUAUGACAUCAAGAUAGUAAUUGCAGGGAACCACGAGCUGACCUUUGACCAAGAGUUUAUGGCUGACCUAAUCAAGCAGGACUUCUACUACUUCCCCUCUGCGUCCAAGCUGAAGCCAGAGAACUACGAGAACGUCCAGUCGUUGCUCACCAACUGCAUCUACCUGCAGGACUCUGAGGUCACCGUGCGUGGCUUCAGGAUCUACGGCUCCCCCUGGCAGCCCUGGUAUUAUGGUUGGGGUUUCAACCUACCGCGGGGUCAGGCUCUUCUGGACAAGUGGAACCAGGUCCCUGACAACACAGACAUCCUGGUCACACACUGCCCCCCACUGGGUUUCCUGGACUGGGUCCCAAAGAAAAUGCAGCGUGUCGGGUGCAUGGAGCUCCUCAACACAGUCCAGAGGAGAGUCCAGCCCAAAUUACAUGUAUUUGGACACAUUCAUGAAGGUUACGGUAUGAUGACAGAUGGCACCACAACGUUCAUCAAUGCCUCAGCCUGCACUGUCAACUUCCUGCCCAUGAACCCACCCAUCGUCUUUGACCUUCCCAACCCCAGGACCACAUGACUAGAGGAGGCUGGCACCCUGACGCUUACCGCCAAUCAGGAGAAAGGAGGAGCUAGAGGAAGUAGGUGAGGUCAGCAGGCAGAAGGGAAGUGUGUAAAUAUUAGGCAGGUAUGUUUUUAACGUGACAUGAACGAGGACU